GCAGUGAGCCAGGGGGCGGGGAAAAAGGCGGGGCAUCAUGGCAGCGCCCUGUGCCCCGCGUCCAGGGCCUUGUGGGACGCGCCCUGACCCGCGGCUCGGCCACCGCUGAGUCGCCCUCGGCCCUCAGAAGCCGAGCGUGGAUCGAGCCCGGGCGGCCGUGCGAGGCGACAGCUGGAGAGGGAGCCAUGGGGACGGUGCACGCCCGGAGUUUGGAGCCCCUCCCGUCCAGUGGGCCGGAUUUUGGAGCACUAGGAGAAGAAGCGGAAUUCGUUGAGGUUGAACCUGAAGCCAAACAGGAAAUCCUUGAGAACAAAGACGUGGUGGUGCAACACGUUCAUUUUGAUGGACUUGGGAGGACGAAGGACGAUAUCAUCAUUUGUGAAAUUGGAGAUGUUUUUAAGGCUAAAAACCUUAUUGAAGUGAUGCGGAAAUCACACGAAGCCCGCGAGAAGCUGCUCCGCCUGGGGAUUUUUCGGCAGGUGGAUGUUUUGAUUGACACGUGUCAAGGCGAUGACGCCCUUCCCAACGGCUUGGACGUCACCUUCGAGGUGACCGAGUUAAGGAGGCUGACGGGCAGCUACAACACCAUGGUGGGGAACAACGAAGGCAGCAUGGUUCUUGGCCUUAAGCUCCCGAAUCUCCUAGGGCGUGCGGAAAAGGUGACGUUCCAGUUUUCCUACGGAACAAAGGAAACUUCGUACGGCCUGUCCUUCUUCAAACCACAGCCUGGAAACUUCGACAGAAACUUCUCUGUGAACUUGUAUAAAGUCACCGGGCAGUUCCCCUGGAGCUCGCUGCGGGAGACGGACAGAGGAGCCUCCGCCGAGUACAGC